AUGAAAAUCCGCACCGGACUAGGAGCCCUCGCCUGGGGAGACAUCGGAGAAUGGUUCCCCGAUAACGACCCUCAAUACGCUGGAGCAGAUUCCUCAGAGCUAUUGACUCAGGUCAUGCAGAAGGUGCAUGCGGAAGGUUAUACAGCGACGGACAUCGUCUGCCGUUACGCCCGCAUGCAGGGGAAACAUGUCCUCCACCCCAUGGGAUGGGACGCCUUCGGCUUACCAGCGGAACAGCAUGCGAUUAACACGGGAACCCACCCGCGAGUCACCACCUACCAGAACAUCGACAACUUCCGUCGCCAGUUGAAGAUGCUCGGCUUCAGCUACGACUGGAGCCGCGAAAUCUCCACGACGGACGAAGACUACUAUCGCUGGACCCAGUGGAUCUUCCUCCAGUUGUACGAUACCUGGUAUGACCCAGACUUCGAAUGGGUUGAUGCAGAAGGCAAGCAAAGAACAGGCAAGGGCCGUCCCAUCUCCGAACUUCCGAUUCCGGAAAAUGUGGUUGAGACACAUUUGUUAGCUGGUGAUCCAGCAGGAGACGUCGCUGUCGCCACCCGUCGUUAUCAAGACAGCUUGCGCCUCGCCUAUCAAAGCGAAGCCCCGGUGAACUGGUGCCCCGCUUUGGGAACAGUUCUCGCCAAUGAAGAGGUGACCGCCGAAGGGCUUAGCGAACGGGGAGGCCACCCCGUUGAACGUCGAGCAUUGCGACAAUGGAUGUUGCGCAUCACCGCCUAUGCGGAACGGCUUCUUACAGAGUUAGAUGGUGUCGAUUGGCCGGAAUCCGUAAAAAUCUUGCAGCGAAACUGGAUCGGAAAAAGUGUCGGGGCCGAAGUCGAUUUCUUUGUCGAUGACAAUGAUUCUUCUAACUCAGAAUCUUUCGCCGACUGGAAAGCACAACGCGCAGCGAACGGAUUGCCCAAGCAAGCUGAGCCGAAUGUAUUACGUGUCUACACCACUCGACCAGACACGUUGUUCGGAGCAACCUAUAUGGUCGUCGCUCCCGAGCAUGAUAUUGUCGAUCAGAUCACAACCGAGGAACAACGCGCCGCCGUUGAGGAGUAUCGACGUAAGGCAGCUUUGAAAAGUGACCUCGACCGCACCGAUCUUGCCAAAGAGAAGUCCGGUGUCUUUACCGGGGCGUAUGCCAUCAACCCGGUCAAUGAAGCACGAAUUCCAAUCUGGAUCGCAGAUUACGUUUUGAUCAGUUAUGGAACAGGCGCCAUCAUGGCGGUCCCAGCCCAUGAUGAACGUGAUCUUGAGUUCGCCCAGACUUUUGAUAUCCCUGUCAUCGAAGUUGUUGAUUCAGGCAGCGACGAUGUCGAAAACAUCGGAUUCACCGGUGCCGGGACAGCGAUCAACUCCGGCAAGUACAACGGAACGCCCACAGACGAAUUCAAAACUCUCAUCUCAGAAGAGUUGAAUGCUGCCGGGCUCGGUAAAUCGGCGACGAACUACCGCUUGCGGGACUGGUUGUUUUCGCGUCAACGUUAUUGGGGUGAGCCCUUCCCGAUCUGGCAUGAGCUUGAUGAGGAAGGCAAUCUCACGGGACUCAUUUGCCCGGUCGAAGACAACGAAUUGCCGGUCACCUUACCAGAGAUGGACGACUUCAAGCCAAAAGGGACUCCCGAUCCUCCGUUAAGUUGGGCUCCUGACGAAUGGCUCUAUAAGACAGCAGAAGAUGGAACUCGCUUGCGCCGUGAAACCAACAGUAUGCCGCAAUGGGCAGGCAGUUGCUGGUAUUACUUACGCUUCGCUGACAAUAAAAAUGGUGACUUCUUCAUCGAUCCCGAGGUCGAGAAGUAUUGGUUGCCCGUCGACCUCUACAUCGGAGGUGCAGAACAUGCGGUGUUGCACCUCUUGUAUUCCCGCUUCUGGCACAAGGUCUUAUUCGAUCGUGGUCAUGUUUCAACAGCGGAACCAUUCCAGAAGUUGAUCAACCAGGGAAUGAUCCUGGGUGAGAACAACGAGAAGAUGUCAAAGUCACGCGGCAACGUGGUGAACCCCGACGAUGUCGUCCGCGACUUCGGUGCAGACUCUCUUCGCCUCUAUGAAAUGUUUAUGGGACCACUCGAUCAGGUCAAACCGUGGAGUACCAAAGGAGUGGAAGGUGUGCAUCGCUUCCUUGGGCGCGCCUGGCGUUUGAUUGUUGAUGACCAGGUUGAAGAGACGACACUGCGACAGGAAGUACAAGAUGCCGACUUGAACGAGGAACAGGCCCGCGUCUUGCAUCGCACGAUCAAAGGUGUCACUGAGGACAUCGACAAACUCGCCUUCAAUACUGCCAUUAGCAAAAUGAUGGAGUUCACGAAUUACUUCACCGGUCAACAAGUCCGGGCGAAGUCUGCCAUGGAAUCCUUCGUGUUAUUGCUCGCUCCCUUCGCUCCGCACAUCGCUGAAGAGUUGUGGCAAGUCUUGGGGCACAAUGAGUCGUUGACCUAUGCCCCCUGGCCAGAAUUCGACGAAGCAAAGAUUGUGGAAGCAGAAGUGGAAUUGCCCGUUCAAGUGAAUGGAAAACUCCGCAGCAAAGUCAAAAUGCCCGUCGAUGCUGAUCAGGCAACAAUGCAGCAACUCGCCGAGGCAGACGAAGCGAUUCAAGCUCAAUUGGAGGGCAAAAACGUCGUGAAGGUGAUCUGCGUUCCCAAGCGAAUGGUCAACUUCGUCGUUAAAGGUUGA